AUGGUCAGGAAACGGACUAAGAAAAUUUUUUUGGCUCUGUUCUUUGGGAUGACAACUUAUGUAUUCUUCCAGCUAGCAUAUGUUCCGAAGUAUAGCUACUUCUUUCUCGCUUCAGGAGAGGAAGUCGAUCGACAGAUGGAAAGGAUCGAAUUGCGACGACUGGCAACUACCGCGACAACUUCAACAGGGCCCUUAACAACGACCUCUUUUUCGCCGCAAAUUAAACACAGAACAUUUCUUAUAACCAGGAGAUCUUGUAUGCAACAUUACGAUCUACUUAUGAUUGUCUCAUCCGCUCCUGGUAAUUUUCAAAGAAGGAAUCUUAUGCGCAAGACUUGGGCUUUCGAAAGAGCAUUUCGACCAAGAUGGACAACGGUUUUCCUCGUCGGCCAAACACGAGAUGAAGCUGUUUCAGUCAUAUUGUUAAAAGAAGAUGAAGCUCAUAAAGACCUUGUGCGAGCUAGCUAUUACGAUCACUACUGGAAUCAAACCCGAAAGAUACAAAUGGGCUUCGAAUGGGCAGUAACGUAUUGUAAUUUCUCAUUUCUUUUAAAGCUGGACGACGACGUGUUUGUGCAUAUUCCAAGAGUUCUUUCCUUUUUGAGUGCGCCCAACACGCCGAAGAAAAAGCUUUACGCUGGCAAUCAUUACACAAACAAUGUUCCUUUUAGGGGAGGAAAAUGGAAGGUAACUUACGAGGAAUAUAACCAGACAAGAUAUCCAGAUUUCUGCCCCGGUUUUGGUUAUAUCUUAUCUCACGACGUAGUAAGUGCAUUCGUCAAAACGUUCUCUUCUUUUCCGUUCUUUCGACUGGACGAUGUCUACGUUGGCAUGCUUGCAGACAGGAACGGAAUAAGUGUCACGAACAAUAACGGAUUUGAGGUAAGGCAUCCACGAGGAUUUGUUUGUGUUCCAACAAAUUAUACUUUAGUCAGGCAUGAUGUAGGAGAAGAAUGCCAGAUGAAGAUGUUCAAGACACUCAUGUUCUCUGACUAGUUAAAUAUCAUAGUAAAUGCAAGCAAUUUUGUACUCAUUUCAAUAACAGUUUUUAUAUUAAAUAUAUGUUCUUUGUCAAUGUGCAGUCGCUCACAGCCCUCUUGUUUUAAACGACUAAGGGCUAACGCUCGAAAUGCCCGCUUCAGAAACUUACUACUGUGGUCAAUUUACAUCAACAAUUCAAUCGGUAAAUGCAAAUCAUCUUGUUAUACCCCACAUACGAAGCAGCACAGUUUCUUUGGAAAGUUACCUUCUUCAUUUAAACAACCAUGGGCAGACCACAACAUAUGUUCCUGGUUAAUAAUUGUUAGAGACGAACAAAAUCUUACGGCUAUGAAUAUAGCUCUGAAAAUAAUUGCAUAUCUAAAUUACAUCUCAGUCUGAAUAUCUCAGUUAAGUUUAACGAAAUGUUAAUCAACUCAUUUGUGUUCCAACAAAUUAUACUUUAGUCAGGCAUGAUGUAGGAGAAUAAUGCCAGAUGAAGAUGUUCAAGACACUCAUGUUCUCUGACUAGUUAAAUACCAUAGUAAAUGCAAGCAAUUUUGUACUCAUUUCAAUAACAGUUUUUAUAUUAAAUAUAUGUUCUUCGUCGAUGUGUAGUUAAAUACUAGUUAAAUACCGCAGUAAAUGCCAGCAAUUAUUUGCAACUAUAUGUUCCUGGUUAAUAAUUGUUAGAGACAAACAAUAUGUUACGGUUAUGAAUAUGGCUCUGAAAAUAAUUGCAUAUCUAAAUUACAUCUCAGUCUGAAUAUCUCAGCUAAGUUCAAUGAAAUGUCAAUAAACUCAUUUGUGGUAUUCUUUCGCCUUUAUGGGCUAUUUGAAGCUUCUCUUUACGAAAUUACUUUUGGCCAGAGGCCUUUAAGAGAAGAAAGGGAGAAUUCAGAGAGCCCCAUAUUUUCUUCAUUUACAUAAUCAUGUUAUGGUUUCUUGCCUAAAAUAUCCAGCUCCAGUUUUAAUCUUUCUGAUAGCAAUAAAAGAAUAAAGCAUGCAAUUAAACACAAUUUUAAAGCAUGCAAUUAAACACAAUUUUACAUUGAACGACCUCGAUAACGAAGACCGAAAACAGAAACCCCCUUACUUUCGAAACAAGACGCACAAAAUGCAUGAAAUAUGGCUUCCUAGGGUAGGAUACAUUCCAUGGGGUUUGGAUACAUUUUAUCUCACGAUGUGGUUCUUACUUUCGGCGACACAUUCUCUCCUUUUCCGAUCUUUCGAUUGGACGAUGUUUACGUCGGCAGGCUAGCAGAUAGGAACCGGCAUAAGUUUUACCGGGCACAAUGCAGGCUUUGA